UUACAAUAAAAAGAAGCCUUCUAACGAAAAAAAUAUAUAGAAGAGAUAUCAACGACCAGUAUUUAAACGUUCCAAAAUAAUAGAGAAAUCGUUAAACGAGUGCACAAAGUAUUUUAUCGAUAGUUAACGAGCAAACGAACCGAUUCCUCGAGCAUUUUCUAAAAAGAAGUCAGCCAAAGAUUUUAUAAGCCCGUAACUUUAAGACUCAUAUUAUUUAAGCUGUAUGUAAAGGACUUUUUAUACUAUUUAUUUCAUAGUGAGCAAACGAAGAUAUUGUGAUUAGGGUAGUGUAAACCGGUGUGCCGUAUAGUCGUAACUUAAGUGCUAUUUAGAGUUAGAGUGAACUGAAGCCAGAAAGUACAAAUUAUCAAGUUCCAUCAUAGUUCCGAUCGUUCAGUACAACAUAGACUUAGUGUAGAGCUUAUUUUUGUAUGUGUUACUGUUUUGGCACGCGAAAAAGUGACGCGAUGAGGUCUCGCCGAGCGAACACGUCAUGAGCGAAGCGCUCCGGAGCGAGGCGGGCGCGGAUAGCGCGCAUUUGCCGCCUUUCUCGACGUUCGGCGACAUGGCGGACAACGAGCAGAGGAUAUUAACCGCAGACGGCCGGCUGCUGGACCCCGCCUGGGAGUACUACGAGCGCACUGGCGAUACCGUCUCCGUCAUCGCCAGUCAGCCGCAGUAUCGGCCGUGGGAGUCGAUGCCCAUUACCGUCAACUCGAAAGACGCGAUACUACGCGCGGGAUUCUCGUCGCCCCUCGACUACCAAUCGGUGACGUUGCAGCCCAUACCCAACAAGCUGCCGUCCUUCCAGAGUCAGUUCCAGACAUUUCCAGAGACGACCGUGAUACCGGAGACGGGACUGCCGAGCGUCACUCCGGUACCGGUAACGGCGAGCCCCACGCCCAGCGCGAGUCCUAGUCAGUUAACCCAGCUCACGCAGCUCACGACGCCGUCGUCUCCGGCGCAUCUCACCACGUUGGCGCAGGUCACGCCUCUUUCCACGACUCUGACUACGUUAUCGCCGGUGAACGCAACCACAUUCCAUACGCUGACAGCCGUGAACGCUAGAAGCUAUCCGAUAGUACCGGCACCACUGCAGGCGAGAGAGCUGGCGCCGGCGGGGCAGACUUACAUUGACGACAGACAUAUACAGCUGUAUCAACCUAAUAUCGCUACGAUAAACGCUUUUCCUACUCAAAAUGGAAUUCUUCACCAAAAUGGAACACUCCUCCAUCAAAACGGUAGCCUCAUACAGAAUAUCCAAAGCCCAACAGUGGUCCAUGUUCUGAAAAACGAACCGUUUGAUAUGAAGUCGCUACAAGACAAAUACACGCCAAAUGGACUACAUCACAGCAAUUUCCAGAACCCAAUGUUACUGGACAAUGGGUACGAUAAGAAGUCAAACGGUUUUGGAAGCGCGUCGUCUCCGACGAGGUCAGAUUUCCGAAAGAAAGAGAGACGGAAAAUGCGCGCCAACAGUUCAGAGUCGGAUGGGUCCAACAUGGAGGUGGGUUCGGAGAGCAGUGGACAAGUGGCAGCCGUGUCCUCCACGGCUGGCUUCAAGUCACCUAUGCAUGGAGCGCCGCCCAUGAACACUGGGCCCAUGGAGCUUGACGAUAUUUCCAGUGAAAAACAGACAAAGAAGAAGCGGAAACGUUGCGGCGAGUGCAUCGGCUGUCAGCGCAAAGACAACUGCGGCGACUGCGCUCCCUGUCGCAACGAUAAGUCCCACCAAAUCUGCAAGCAGAGAAGAUGCGAGAAACUCACCGAGAAAAAGACUAUAGCUGUGUAA